AGCCGGUGGGUGAGGGUGCGGUGUCCGCGGGGACGCUGGGGCGCCCUCGGGCGGCGGAAGCCGGGCGCGCCCCUCUCCAGGCCGGGAUCGGGGCGGGGCGCGCGGUAUCCCCGCGGGGGGAGCUAAUCAGCUGGCGUCGCCGCCGCCAAAGUUUCCCGGAGGAGCCACGGCCGCCCUUCCUUGCCAGGCCCCGGGCGUGGGGACUAGCCGCCGGCAAGGACUGUUUCAGAGGGCAGCAGGGCCCGCUCUCCAGCCAGACCCCGCGCCUCCAUUGCGCCCAACUCAGAUUCCCAACUUGGGAGGCGCCGCGGGCCUGCGCACGCGCGCGCCUUCCUCGCCUCCUCCUCCUCCUUCUCCUCGUUCUCCCCCCACUGGGGAGCAGGCUCCGGGCCGAGCCGGGCGCAGAGACCCGCGCCCCGCGCGCUGACCCCCGGCUCCCGGCCCGCCGCCUCCGCCCAUGCCGACGCCCGCCGCCCCCCCGGUGCGCCCUCGCUCGAGGGCCAGCUAAGCGCGGGCCGGCGGCGGCGGCGGCGGCGAGAGGUGGGCCCGGCCCGGCGCUGCCCUCGACAGCGGCAAGUUUGGGAGUUGCACUAGUUUGCAGGGUGGGGGAGAGGCCGGGCGGGGGGCCAUGGAGGAGGACCGGGGGUCGGCGUUGGCGGCCGGGUCGGCGCUGGAGAAGAACGUGGCGGAGCUGACCGUCAUGGACGUGUACGACAUCGCGUCGCUCGUGGGCCACGAGUUCGAGAGGGUCAUCGACCAGCACGGCUGCGAGGCCAUCGCGCGCCUCAUGCCCAAGGUCGUGCGUGUCCUGGAGAUCCUGGAGGUGCUGGUCAGCCGCCACCACGUCGCGCCCGAGCUGGACGAGCUGCGCCUAGAGCUGGACCGACUGCGCCUGGAGAGGAUGGACCGCAUCGAGAAGGAGCGCAAGCACCAGAAGGAGCUGGAGCUGGUGGAGGACGUGUGGCGAGGGGAAGCGCAAGACCUCCUUUCCCAGAUCGCCCAGCUGCAGGAGGAGAACAAGCAGCUCAUGACCAACCUCUCCCACAAGGACGUCAGCUUCUCUGAGGAGGAGUUCCAGAAGCAUGAAGGCAUGUCGGAGCGGGAGCGGCAGGUGAUGAAGAAGCUGAAGGAGGUGGUGGACAAACAGCGCGACGAGAUCCGUGCCAAGGAUCGGGAGCUCGGGCUGAAGAACGAGGAUGUCGAGGCUCUGCAGCAGCAGCAGACCCGGCUGAUGAAGAUCAACCACGACCUCCGGCACCGUGUCACAGUGGUGGAGGCCCAGGGGAAGGCCUUGAUCGAACAGAAGGUAGAACUGGAGGCAGAUCUGCAAACCAAGGAGCAGGAGAUGGGCAGCCUGCGGGCGGAGCUCGGGAAGCUGAGAGAGAGGCUGCAGGGCGAACUCAGCCAGAACGGAGAGGAGGAGCCUGUGAUGGAGCUGGGUGGAGACGGGUGUGUCUCCGAGGCAGAGAAGGUGGCCAUGGAUCUCAAGGACCCCAACCGCCCCCGGUUCACACUGCAGGAACUGCGGGACGUGCUGCACGAGAGGAACGAGCUCAAGUCCAAAGUGUUUUUGUUGCAGGAGGAACUGGCAUACUAUAAGAGUGAAGAAAUGGAAGAGGAAAAUCGAAUACCCCAACCUCCACCCGUCACCCACCCGAGAAUGUCCCCCCAGCCGGAGUCUGGGAUCAAGCGACUGAUGUUUACAGCCAUAAUGCCCAUGGUAGCAGCCGGACUGAUAAUAGAUGACCCCACACUGCAGCCUGUCCGACGACUUGUGUCCCUCGUAGGCACUGCAUUUUUCUGGUUUCCUUUUGAGCUGUGCCUUUGGAAUGUCUGCUGCAGCUACUGCUGGGGCUGGCCUGUCUCCUCUGGCCCCUUUAGCUGCAUGGCCGUCACCUGCGUGUUCCCAUUUGAAGUGGGCGUGGAGUGCGAUUUCAAACGUGCGGCUCAUGACGCUGCAUAUGCACGAGUGAAGCCUCGGAACUCUCGGCUCUGUCACCAAUAAUUCUUUCUGUCUUUUCUGUUUCCAUUCUAAAACCACCUUGUCCAUGAUCCAGUAAAGAAGGUCCUUUAAGUGACGGGUCAGUAAUCAAUGCCCACCAUGACCCAUCCCCGUGCUCCCCCAAGUGACACUAACGCUGUGUUUUUGGUCUUCACACCCUGGCUUUCUAAACCGCUUUGUUUUGCCAAGCCAUAGUCAGCAAGCCAUUUGAUCUUGUUAAAACAGGAAAAGCAGAGGAGGAGACUUUUGUCUUGAUUCUUUCUGUGUCCCCUUGGACAGGAAGUGGCAAGUGGCUUUCCUGCUUGAAUCAUGUAGACAUGAUAUGUAACAGCGAUGAGCGCUGCUGUCUUUCUGGCCAGCUAAUUGCUUUGAUUACCCUAUGGAAAGAGCUCACGAAUAACCCAGAAUGAGAAGAAUGCCUUCAUUUGCCAGUACACGUAUUGGUUGCAGAAAAAAAGAGACUUUAGCUGGUAGGGAGAAUUUCUCUAGACAAACUUGGCUUGCCCCAGCUUUGCAAUGAAAGACCACUUUAUUUCUGCUAGGAAGUUAUUGUAGGAUCCAGUAACCACAGAAUAGGAAAAUCAUUUUCACUCAGAUGUGAUUAAAACUGAACUCCAUAGGCCACAGCACUAAAAAACAAAAACAAACCAAAAAACGAAUAGGUAAAUGGACAGAGGGAACUAAAAAUAGUUGAUCUGAAGCUUUGACUUCUUCAGGGGUUCCUUCCUAUUCCUGCCCCUGGAAAACGUAACAGAGCUACUAUAUUUCUUACCAAGUUCAGAAACCAAAAUUCAGGAGUAGGGGAACUUGGUAAAAAUAGAAUCUUUAAUUAGAGGCGGAGAGUACAGAAGGACCGCUGGCAGCUUAGAGAGGGCUUUGGGGAAACACUCAAAAUAGGCCAACUCAGGUCUACCGGCCAGGGUCCUAGUCUCCGUUUAGGUGGAGUUUAAGCUGACUUUGUUUUAAAUGGGCCACAUGAUCAGCUUUUGGCCUGAGAUUUCUACGUUCAUCUUUUAGGCGUCAAUCAGAUGGUUCACUCAGAUUGAUCAAUGACCAAUAGUCACAGCUGUUUUGAAAAGACCUCUUGGUCUACUUUAGCUGUUGCUAUGUAGAUAGUUACUGUGAUAACUUCUAAAGGCUUUCACCUUUAAACUAAAUCAGUUUUAAUCACCAUUAAAUCAGUUCUUGUCACUUGUCCAAAUUAAUAUUUCCCAAAUUUCAUUCACAUACUAUAUUCAUAAUGUUCAUCUAAUCAGAGAACCGUGUAUGCUAUUCCUUAAUACAUAUUUUAAUUGCCUCAUUUUUCUUAAAUGCCUACUUUCCCCUCAUCCUAAGCUGUAGUAAUAUCCAUGAAAUUUGGGCUUUGAUGUGCUACUUACCUAGUUUCCCAAUCCACAUGAAAUAAUUACUUGAAUUUAAAAUAUUCAUCUCUUUACAUCCGAAUCGUCUUACGUACCAUAUGGCUUUCAAGUAUUUCUUUCUGUGCAUCAUUAAGGUAAAGAAACCCAUAAUGUAUGUUUCCAGUAGCUUUUUAUUUCCACUGGUCAUGAGAAGAAAUCCUCAGUAGUGCUUAAGGCGGGAGAUACAUCACCUAUGUGCACACCCUGCUCACACUGUGUCACCUCCAAGGUACUGUGACAAUGACACGCAGAAUGCCCUGCUGCUUUCUGACCCGCACCCCGAACUUUUUCUUUCACACCUCGAGUUGAUUUGCUCCCUCACGUUUGCUGCUGGCAUUGCAAAAACUGUGACGUGCAUGGCCAAGGGCAGCCUCUUAUUUCUUUCCUUCCU